AGAGGAUGACGACGGGUCCAGUGAAGAGGAGGAGGAGGAAGUCGAUCCUCCUCGCACGGAAAGGUGAUCCAAGCUCACCCACGACCCCGCGAGCGAGCGUGGCAAAGCGACUGCGCCCGUUGGGCAAUCGUCAAAGCGCCCUCGGGCGGCUUCUCCGGCGCUGACUGAAAAAGUGCCGAAGCAUCCACGAGCGGCGCCAUCAAAGCCGCCGAAGGCCUUGCCCAAGAUGAGAAUGGCCAUUCCCACCAUUUCUGGUGCUACUACCUCCGAGACCUCCGCCAAGAAUGAAGACCAGGAAAUGGAAGACGCUGCCACCUCCAACCUUGUUCCUCCUCAUGUCAUCGAUCUCCCUGAUGAUGACGAUGAGGCGCCACUGAGGCCGAGGAGGAAUAGAAAGGUGCCGGCUGGCAAGACUACUCAGACUGCAUCAGUGCCUGAGACAUUGGUUCAAGAUGGUGGCAAUAUCACUCAGAAUUCCGUGUCCUUCGCUGUGCCGCUGACGAGUGCCCGGCCUUCGUCAUCGACUGCUGACCCGCCCUCCCCUUUCGCCACACAUCACGUCCUAGAGGACCAAGCGGGUGCUGCUAAGGAGGCUAUACGCCAGGCGGGGAUCAUGAUGGAGCAGGUGAAGGUGAUCCGGGAAGCCAGGCAAGUGGCCUAUGAUGCUAGCUCAGCCCUUCAGAGCAAUGUCCAGCCGCACUCCCACCAUCAAGGGCUCUCCGUGGCCAUGCAGCACGCCAGUAUCACAUGGCCCUUGGCGUCAUGAAAGAGGGUGGUGGUCGUGGCAUCCCCGGUCUCCCAGGCGGCGACAUGAAGCUCUCCCAGGUAGUGGUGGCGCCAUGAAACCCUCGAGGCAGCGAUAACAGCAUGAGCGGUGGCGGCGGUUUGAGGAACGACGGCGAGGUGGGAUUCUACACCAAAUCAAUCACCGUUGUGCAUCUUAUGUGUAUCACUGAACUGAUGUAGCAUGUUUUUGAACAAUGAGUAUUUGUCUAGUUGAAGUAUGUUAUUGAAACUUGGUGGAAUUUUGUACUGCAAUGCUGAUGGUGCUUUGUGUAAUCUUAUUGAAGAAUUCUUCUCUGCACAUACAACAACAACCUCUAUGGGGAGGGUUAUCUAACGUAGUUCUAUUUCAUGGCAACAUGAGGUCAUUUUUACAAGAUUCCAUUCCACCCCGUGUCGUUGAGGACUUACUGAAAAUAUAUGUCGUUUAAUCAAGGUUUUUUUCUAAAAAAAGAACCCGACGUUGGUGUGCCACUUGUUGAC